AUGAGCACACAAAAAGCGAUCAUUGUGACUUCCCCCAAGCAGGAGAGCCUUGUGACUGAUAGGCCCAUUCCUGUCCUCAGAGAUGACUAUCUUCUGGUCAGAAAUGUCAGCGUUGCUUUGAAUCCCACCGACUGGAAGCAUAUUGCUUUCCUUGCUCCUGUCGGUGUCCUUGUUGGAUGUAAUUAUGCCGGCAUCGUUGAUGAUGUUGGGGUUCACGUGAAAAAGCUCUUCAAGAAGGGUGAUCGGGUGUGCGGGUUCGUCCAUGGGGCCAACGCUGUGCAGCCCGAGGAUGGUACAUUUGCAGAGUAUAUUGUGGCCAAGGGGGACAUUCAGAUGCGCAUACCGGAUAAUCUGAGCUUUGAGGAAGGCUCGACUCUUGGUGUUGGAAUAAUCACUGUUGGUCAAGCUCUCUACCAAAGUUUGAAACUUCCACUUCCUUCGGACCCUAUCCAAAAUUCUACUCCGAUUUUGAUAUAUGGUGGCUCGACUGCUACCGGUUCGCUUGCGAUUCAAUUUGCGAAGUUGUCCGGCUACACUGUGAUCACUACUUGCUCUCCUCACAAUUUCGAUUUUGUGAAAGACCUCGGUGCCGACAUUGUUUUCGAUUACAAAGAUCCCAACUCUGCUUCUGAGAUCCGCAAGUACACCCAAGACAACCUCAGACUUGUUCUGGAUACUAUCUCCAUUGAGUCUAGCGCUCAAUUCUGCGACAUGGCGAUUUCAACACAAGGUGGUGAAUACAGUGCUCUUUUGGAUGUUGGUAUCGAGCGUGAGAAUGUGAACGAUCGAUGGACACUUGCAUACACAGCUAUUGGAGAAGACUUUACCUCUGGGAAAACUCCCAUGGCUGCCAAGCCUGAGGACAAAGAAUUUGCUUCGGACUUCAUGGGUAUUGCCGAGCGACUCCUUGCAGAUGGCAAGGUGAAGGUGCACAAGCCUAAGGUGUGCUCCGGUGGACUGAAGGGAGUCUUGAAUGGUCUUCAGCUGCUGAGGGAGGAUCGUGUUUGCGGAGAAAAGUUAGUGUACAAUAUCGCGCAGACUCCUUAG